UUCUUUUACAUGUCCGAUCUCAAACCAAGGGAACUUGGUGGAUAUAUAUUCUGAAGUUAGAAUUUUUACUUGCACAUGUUUAAUGUAUGCCACCAGUAUGCUAGACCGAAAAUGAGCACACUAAAGAUAAUCUGGGUGUAGAAGCUCUUUUAUUUCUUGGGGGCUUGAAAGGGUAUCGAAAAACCAUUACCAACUUACACCCAGUUCACGACAGAUGAAAGAAAAACGUGAGCAGUUUUCUGUAUUGUACAGGGUCAUUGUUCGCCGAUUCGGAUAUCAAUGUAAUAUCAGUACCUGCUGACACUCAUACAAUGCUUCCAUUUCAGUUGUGAUACUAACUGAAACUGACCAGUGUUACACGGCUAAUUUCAUAGUAGCCAUUUUGUUUGUCUCAUUUUAUUUUUGUUUCGUUAUCUGGCAAAUUUGGUUGUUAAGUUACACUAAGAACUUGUGUCAGUGCCUACUGAUACAAAUACAUAUCGGUUGACGGCAAACCAUGAACGGGGGUACUUGGCGGAAAUUCUCAAUCCAUUAGGACAAGAUGGAGAAAUAAUUAUGUCAUUUCCUUGUCUCACCGUUGCAGCCUCGUGGAAAAAGAGAAUAAUAUGAGAACUCAACUGGGAUCUGGUGAGGCAUUUGCUUUUCUUGCGGCCCAAAUUUUUGUCUCAUCAGGUUCAGAGACUGAUUAGAAGCCAAGAAAUGGAAAUCAUGGAAGAAAAUUUAAAGUUUGUACCAUUAAUAGAUGGAAGUCAGGGAACUGAAGGUGAAUGUAUAUGCUUAGACGAGAAUGCUGCUGAGAUAACGAAUCAAGAACCAGGAGUGGAUGAGCCUGUAGAAUUGAGCUCCAUUCUUAUGAAUGAGUCCGUUGAUUUUUGCCCUAAACUGAAACCUGUUCGUUCUUUUUAUUUCGUCAAGUGUGAACUAUACGAAAGCCCAGAGCUGAAUUCCCAAAUUGAUCAGGCUCAGAAGGAGAUUCAGCAGAACAAUCAAGCAUGGCUUCAACUUAUUAAAGCCAUUAAGACGAAAGAGGCAGCUAAAGACCAACUGAUGGCAUUGUUGGAUCUUCUAAAUGUUCGAGAGGAGGUUUUAUGGGACAUGGAACAUGAGAAGAGGUGGGUGGACCACUUGGACCAAGCUAUGGUGAAGCUCCAUAAAAAAAUCUAUACAAGACCAGAGAAGGGAUCAGCAUGUUCAUCGGAGGAAGAGCUUGAUAAUCUUAUUUGUAGCUUGCAUUAUCUGAUGCAACAUGGGAAGAGAACAUUGGUUGAGGUGAAGCAGCUUCAUAAAGAAAUCAAACAACUUGAAGAAACUAGAGAGAAGGUUCGUGCUAAUGACAUUGAAAUGAGUCACGAUUUUUGUCAGCAGAGGGAUGAAAUUUAUAAAACCUUUAAAUUUGGGCUAGUUACGCGUUUUCGGUACCAGGUUAUGUAUAUGGGUUUGGAUUUGGACACAAUUAGAAAGAAAAAGCAAUUACUUGGUCGGAGAAUUGAGUAUGCGAGAAAACUAGAGAGAUCCAUAGAUGAUGAGAUUGAUCCAUUGCGAGCACAAGUGGCUCAAAGUGAACUGAAGAAAAUUGCAGCAUGUGAACGCUUGCUUGAGCUGAAAAGAUUACGUGACGACAGGAAUGUCAGCUAUUAUAAAUUCCAUAGACUACUGAAUAAUGCAAGAGCUCUGGCUACCAUUUACGAUGUAGCAGCCUUGGAAAAACUAUCCAGUUCUCAGGUUGAGAAGUUCAUGUCCUUGUGGAAAAGAAAUAAAAGUUUUAUGGAUGAUUAUGUGCAAAGAAUUUUACCAUCCCAUGACCGGCCUUUGGGUAGGGAUGUACAGAUGAAAAAUCCUAAUUACACCUUUUCCAUUUUGGAGCGAAAGAACCAAGAAAGUGAGACCGAUAAGGCGAAGUUUAUGGAGGAGAUAAGAAGAGAAGACGAGCUUUUCCAAGCUAAAUUAAAUUUACAAUUGAAGAAGCAGGUUGUAGAUAAAUCAUCAAGAAAGAAAAUUUCAUGGUAUCAAAAUGUUGCUGAAGAGAAGCUACGGGAAUAUGAGAAGAAUUUGGAGGAGAAGAAUAACAAGAAGAAGAAAAAGAAAAGAGGAGAUCGAGUCCAUUACAGUGUUUGUUUAACUAGAAAAUAAUAAUGUAAUAAUUGUGAACAGGUCGAGGCUCCAUUCAUAUAAAUUUGGAGAACCAGAAGGAAGAGACUAUCAAAGUUCUUGAUUCUCAAAUUGCUGCUCUUUGUGAUGAAAUUGUUAAGGAGGUUCUUCCAGUCUAAGUUGCAUUCUGUCUCCCUCAUUUCAAUUGGCAUAUUAUUUUUGAUUAAUGUCUGUAUUUCAUAAUCAUCUACA